AUGAGGAAGAGCGCUGACUACUAUCUGCUCCGGUCCAAUUCACAGUACAUCAGCUGGUGGUCUACAGCCCUCAGCCUCCUCAUCGUCACCUCGGGGUACCUGCAGCUCCUCUUCCUCAAGAGACUCUUUGUCAGCGGGACGGGCAGCGAGGAGGAGAAACCCCGCUGCUGA